AUUGACCGUUCGUUGCUGUUUAGUGAAUGAUAUCUUGAUGCCUCUGACACCUCAAGCAAGAACUCAGUCCGGUUUGAGGGUCCAGUACUCGACAAUCGAGUAUGGGUACCCGUACGAUACGGUAUACAUGAAGUAUACAUGUAUUACGAUCGUAACAGCUGCCAGUCUACUGAUCGAUCUUGACAUUAUUUGGAUUCCCUCCCAAAAAGAAGACAAUCCACACCAUUUAUUUUGCUUGCUGUUUGACCAUGAUGUCUCCGCGCAGUCAAAAACCACGGUGGUUGCUAUCACUCGUCCUUUUCCUCGCCUGUACCAUUAUCGGAUGUGAGGGCCAUCGUUUCCGGGUCACUCCUUUUCAGCGUUCUCCAACGGAGCAGAAAGCCUUCCUUGGUGGAUCGUCGACCAAGGCUGUGUUGGUUCUUCGCGGUGGCGAUGCGCAGGUCUCCAAGGAGUUUCUCUCGGAUGGAUUCCUUGGAAUGUUCUUCUCAGUCAACCGCUUGGCUACGGGUGUUGUGUUUACGUUUCUGACAGGUUUGGGAAUGAAACUGUUCCACGAGUAUGAGGUGGAAACUCCGUCAUCUCCGGCGAACAAGCUUAUCCGGUUUGCCGGAAUCAGCAUGGUCCAGGAUGGAAUUCUUAGCAUGCUUGCAAUGAAGAAGGGCAUUGAAGGAAGUGCUUUGAACCAGGCACUCGGAAUCAGUUUAGUGCCUCUUGCAGCUCUGUUGCUAGUGCAAGAAGCAAGGGAUACCACCAAAUCCAGUGGCCACCGUCAGAAAACCCUCCUGAUUGGCAGCAUCCUUGGGGCUUGCGCCGUAUCGCUCAUUUCAGGUUCGGGUCUGCCAGCCAAUGUGGCUGCCAUCACACCCAUCCUCUUGGUUGGCGUCUUUGAUGCGCUAUGCCUUUUCUUCCCGGAAACUAUGAUCACGCUGGUAGAGGCCGCCGCAAACCCUUCGGACCAUCAAUUUCGGUUCAUGAUUCGCGCCAUUGCUACUCAUUCCUUGGUUUGGUUGAGUAUUUUCACCGCUCUUUGGAACGGUCAAGACAUGUACAAGGCAUUUGGUUACGGGACUCUCGCGGUUUUCGUGAUUGGUUCCAUUGUCUGCCUCGUCAUCCCUGACAUGCGCAAGAGCGGAGCUCCGACGGGCCCCAUGAUCCCGUUUCAAGCCAUAAAUGCGUACAUUUCAUACCGAUUCCUCAAACCUUGAGUCGAUCGCUAGGUAUUCUUGAUAAUGUAACCUGCAGGAGCUUGGAGGACGAAAAAUCCUACUGGACAAUACGACUUUUGCAUUGCAGCUUGGUCAACUACGAUGUAGCUAGCCACCGGUAGUUCUAUUGACUUGGAGCCAAGCCGAUCGAGUCAACUAUACCGGUAGUCUGCUCUGGGCAUGCAGUCUAAACUAUAAUAAUGUGGGCAAUUGCCAGAAUAAAAUAUCAAUUUUCUGAUUUCUC